CGUCACACGGGAUCCUCAGGAGGCUUUAAGAGAACGUACGGGGUGUGUGGCUGCUUCACAUCCAGCUGUUGAGGGAUCGGCGCAAGUCGAGGACCCAAGGAAACAAUAAUAUGUCACUACAUGGAAACGCAAUGGACAGGUCACCUGCAGAGAGAUCACAGACCACAGACAACAGACUGACCCACAGACUGUAUCCGUCACUGCCCAACAUAGACAGUGUUUUCAGGUAUGACGUUUGUGUGGCGGACCCUGCCACUGGAGAAGAACCUCACACAGAUGCAGUCAACCACCCUGACAGCCUGCUGGAAGACACUCAGUCAGAAGCUGCCAGCAGCAGUGACGUCAGACUGAAAGCACAGAUCCUUAUCUUGGAGGAGCAAAGGCAGGAGCUUCUUUCUAUUAAUGAGAAAUGGGCAAAAGAGUACCGAACCAUGGUGCAGUACUACAAACAGAAGGUCCGAGAUUUGAAAGAAUCACUGCAACACGAUCACUUUAAAGACAUUUGUGAAGAAAGUGAAAGGAACGCUAUAUUAAACAAGAAAAUCAAACACAAAGAGAACAAACUGACUGGAGAUGAGUUACUAAAAGCAGAGAUGGAAGCAGAAGAGCUGCGAGCACAGAACAGCACUUUGACCCGAAGAGGGCAGCACCAGCACGAGGAGAUCAGACGACUGAACAAGGCUUUAGAGGAGGCGCUUCAGAAGACGAGCAGUGAAACACUACAGGAUGUCUGGAAACAUCAGGCUGAAGUCUACAAGGAGGACUUUCUGAAGGAGCGCAGAGACAGGGAGAAGCUCAAGGAGAAGUAUCUGGAACAAGAGAAGAAGUUUAGGAAAGUUCACAGUGAGCUACAUGCCCUCAAAUCUCAGGUGGCUCAAACUCGUCCAAAGGAGUCUGCACUUGAAUGCACCUGCCCAAAUCGAGCCUCAAACUGGGAGGUCUGCCAGAUUAACCAGCGCCACAUCCAGCUACAAAGACGCUACACGCUUGAUAACAAAAAGUGAAAUUCAACGACCUCCUUGCUGUUUGUGUGAUAGUGUAUGUUGCACGUCUCGUCAUUCGCACCGUGGGACUCUGCUAGUUAUUCAGUUGGAGAACAUCCAGGAAGUAAGCUCUGAUGUGUCAGUCAGCGGCUGGCUGUCUGCUGCAGGUUCUGCCUCAGGUAGUGUGGGUCCAUCAGGCGACCAAAGAGGCAAACACACAAAAAGACACUUUAACAGCCUGUGGAAUAGAAAUGGGACCCUUCAGUAUAAACACUUCCCAAGAAGAGAAAAGCAGCAAAGAGUGAAAUUAAACACUCUACUCAUUGUGUGCAGAGUUUGCUAUGUAAGCCAUAGUGAGGUUGCUCAGGGAUAUAUCAAUUAUUGCACUGCUCAAACACUAUAGACUUCAUCAAAGGUGCAAUGUGAAUGAGGAUCUUUCUGUUUCAAGUACCUGUAACCACACUGUGCCUGGUGCAAGAGGAAAACACAAGAAGAAAACAUGUAGUCAUAGUGUUCUGCUUUGACAGAAGUGGGUCUUUUCCCGCUGUGCACCACAGGUAGAUGCUGAAAUUCGUAGACAUACAGGGGCACACCCGCAUCUUUCAGGGAGAAUUAAAAUGCAUGUCAAGUUGUGACUCGUAAAACACCUCUGUGGUAUUCGGACUCUUAAUGAACAGGAAGAAUGAGCACCAUGUUGCCAGUAUCUUUGUGAAAGUGUCCCGUACAUUCUCCAGAGAGUCAUCGUGUUGCAGGUAUUCAGUCAGUAUUAGUACAUUUGCACUGGAGGCCUGUCAGGGAGGAGACAUAAAGGUUGUGGGCACAGAAGAAAUAAUAUAUAUAUGAAGUAAUAUAUCGGAACAUUUAUUUUUAGAGUAUAUUUAUGAAUGUUUUAAGAUACGUACUUGUCUUGUUUCUUGUUUAUUUAUCAUGAGAGUAAGAAAAAUAUGAAAAAUGAAUGUGUAGUGGGUAGAGGGAGCGUCCCAUGUACAAAGGCAAUGUUCUUGCUGCAAGGACCAAGGGUUCGAUUCCAGCAUGCGGCCAUUUGAGGCAUGUCAUCCCCUCUCUCUCCCCCGUUCACACUUAAUCCGUCCUGUCCAAUAAAGACCAAAAAGAAAAA